AUGAGCGAAUUGGUCGGACAUCUUACCUUCUGGGCUGGAGAAAAUGACUCAGAAGUAAGAAUGUGUAGCUAUAGUUCCAAGGUAUUGACUGUUUUCAAGAGCAAUUCGUAUCAAGAAAUUGAUAUCGAAAUUAAUUUUAAUGCUCAAACGAAGAUUGAUACUUCUCCAUCAAAAAAAUAUACAAUAGUCAUAAUAAGUGAUGAAACUACAUAUCAUUUUCAAUCAGAAUCCAAAGAAACCUUCACAACUUGGUUAUCAGUUUUAUCCUGCUGCACAAUUAUCCCAACACCUCUUUCAAUAGACGACUUCACAAUUCUUGAUGAAAUUGGAAACGGACAAUAUGGAAAAGUAAAGCUUGCCAAGAAAAAAGAUACAGGCGAUUUAUAUGCUAUCAAAACUCUUCACAAACAGAAACUUGUUGAGAUGCAAAAGAUUCACACGAUCAUGUGUGAGCGAAAUAUUCUUUCCAAAGCUUCUUGUCCUUUCAUUGUCCAACUUCAUUACGCAUUUCAAAGCGAUACAAAGUUUUAUUUGUGUAUGGAGUAUGUUCCAGGUGGAACUUUAUUUGAUCACAUGCGUCUUUCCGGUACAAUUCCACCAGAUGCGUUAAAAUUGUACACAGCAGAACUAGCAAUCGCUCUUCAUCACCUCCACGUCAAUCACAUUGUUUACCGUGACCUCAAGCCAGAAAACGUUCUACUUGACGAAGAUGGACAUAUUAAAUUGACAGAUUUUGGUUCAUCGAAGCAAAUUGACGAGUCAGGAACCCUCCAUUCAUUUUGUGGAACACCAGAUUACAUAGCCCCAGAGAUUGUCGAAGGAAAACCAUACACAUCGAAAGUUGAUUGGUGGUCACUUGGAAUUUUGAUUUACGAAAUGGUUUUCAAGGCUCCACCGUUCUAUUCCGUCAAUCCAAAACGUACUUACGAUAAAAUUGUUAACGGAAAUAUCAUUUUCCCAGGAGUUGUUGACGAAAACCUUGUCAGCCUUAUCAGAGGCCUUCUUAAUAAAGAUCCUAUGCGCAGAUUUGGAUAUAACGAAGUCAUGUAUCAUCCCCUUUUGUCCGGAUUUGAAAUCAACGGAUUAUUAAAGCGAGCUUACACUCCAAACUUCUUACCAUCAAGUGCUUCGGCGGAAUCUAUUGAAGUAAUUGAUAAUUCGAUUCGGGAUAGCCUUGGAAGUAAUGUUGACAGCGAAUUUCAAAGAGUUCGCGGUUUUUCUUUCACACAAAGUGGUUUUGAAACCAAUAGUUAA